AUGCCCAGUUGCAACAUUGAUGCACGAAACCGCUACACAUCGAGAAUCCGACAGUGCAAGCAGUGGCAAGAAGCCAUUUGGCUAUUCAGUCGCCUGGCCCCGAACAGUCUACGGGCAGAUGAAGUUUCCUAUGGGUCUUUGAUUUCUGCAUGUGGCAAAGGAGGCCAGUGGACCCUGGCCACAACUUCGCUCAGAGCAGCUCGCUUACAGGGCCUGCAAGAGGACAUCAUUUCAUACAACUCUGCGAUUAGUACAUGUGGCAAAGAAUUUGAGUGGAAGGACGCCAUUGGCGAGCUUGCAGCUGUGGCAUUGAGGCAGUUAGAGGCGGACAGGAUAUCUUUCAAUUCUGCCAUCGGUGCAUGCGGCCAAGCCGGUCAUUGGGAAAGCGCUGUUACUUUGAUGGACAAGCUUGUUCGCAAAUUCCAGGCGAAUGUCAUCACAAUGAAUUCCGUUAUAAGUGCAUGUGCCGAACCCGGCCAGUGGCAAGCAGCUCUCGUCACCCUGGUACACCUAGAACUUGGACGGAUAGAGGCGGACAUCAUUUCCCACAAUUCGUGCAUGAACGCGUGUAGCAAGGCCAGCCAGUGGCAACUAGCCUUAAGCAUCCUGCGAGGGCUGCAGGUCCUGGGCUUGCAAGCCAACGUCAUCUCAUAUGUGUCGGCCAUCGAUGCAUGUGACAGAAGUUUCAAAUGGGAAGAAGCUAUCGCUGUGCUGGAGGAACUGACCCGGAGCAACCUGAAAGCUGAGACCAUGUGCUUUAACUCAAGCAUAAGCGCAUGCGCGAAGGCGCACCAGUGGCAGUUGGCUCUGGAACUAAUACAGACACUUGAAGUUUCCGGGCUUCGAUCGAACACGAUCUCCUUUAACUCUGUGAUGAGCGCCGCUGGUGAUGCAAGUCUUUGGCAGAUGGUAUUGUCCUUCAUGCCGAUGCUUUCGCAAAGGCAUUUGAUGCCUGACAUCAUCUCCUACAACUGUUGCAUGAACGCAUGUGGACGUGCAGUGCAGUGGCAGCUAGCAGUACACUUUCUCGCCAAGAUCGAGAGUGCGAGGCUUAAAGCGACUGAAAUAUCCUUCUCUUCAGCUAUCAGUGCCUGUGAGUAUGGCCUGAAGUGGCAGAUGGCCGUUUGUCUACUCAGUCUCAUGGACUUGCGGCGGCUUUGGGCAAAUGUGGUCGUGCUGAAUUCAGCGAUUAGUGUCUGCAGCCAAGCAGGGAGCUGGCAAGCAGGACUGUCGCUUCUGGCUGAGAUUCGGCACCGGCACCUGCAGCCGGACCUGAUCUCCUUUAACUCUGCCAUUGCAGCCUGUGUCACCAAAGCCCAGUGGCAAGUGGCAGUGUGCUUGAUGGCUGAGAUUCAAGAAAGCCGGCUGCAAGCGGAUGAAGUUUCAUACAACACGUUGACACUGGUCUGCGCAGCCCGAGAAUGCCGGGGAGGGCAGUGGCACUCGGCUUUGUUUCUCCUGGCUUUGAUGGAAAGCCGGAGCAUAGUGAUCAAGAAGAAAACUUUCGAAUCCGUCAUUGAUGCCUGCAUGUGGGCGGGGCAGCGGCCAAUGGCGCUGCUUUUGACGGACGAUUUAGAGACCAAAGCGAGACACUGGCUGACGAAGGGCAUGGACAAAACAAGUGCAGGCGUCCUUGCCGAAGCCGUGGACAGGCCAGGGGGCACGCUGGGCGAUGCCGAGCAGGUGCGCAGACACGAGCAAGUGGGCUCAGUGCCUCCAUCAGCUGUUGAGCUGCCAUUGGUCAAAUGUGCCAGCCAAAUGCUUUAG